AUGGCGUUUCCCAUAGACUAUACGCACAAGCUGCCGCGCUACUACGCCAACACCCUGUCGAAAGAGGACAGGCAUACCCUCACUUAUGGCGAGAAGAACCACAACCUCAAACAAUGGACAGGCCGGGAUCUGGUCCGCCAUCACGAGUCCCGCAGGAAUCUUAUUCCCAAUGUAAUGCCGAAAGUUGAAAAGAUGAAUGCACUUGCAGAUAUAGAGCACGGAGAACAAUACAGUCAGCGUGCGAUGGCGGCGACGAAGGCGAAAGUGAAAGACAGGGCGCUAGACAAGGUGCGUGGAAUACUUCGCAUACCGCGUAUCAAGAUUACCACUGACAAAGGCAAGGAACAACAAGAGUCUCAGUCAGCUAACGCCCACCGUUCUACUAACUCAACCCCCUCCCUCUUCCCCGACAAUCCCGUAACCUCGCCCUCAUCUCCACAUCACCCCCGCCCCAGCAGCAGCAGCGACUACUUCUCGCACCGCCCCACGCAUCGCGCUUCCUCAAGCAGCCACCACAACCACCACCGUCGCAUAUCUCCCCUCGCACUCUCUUCCGGCCCGCCCUCCGACUCCUCGGUCCGCGUCCGCAGCCCGCUAGCCCAUCAAGUGCAAUUUCAGCCAAACCCAGAUAUAACGUUUGAUACGUUUCUUGCGCCGCACAAGUCCGGGAAGGGCGAGGUGCUGCAUGAGGCGGCGCCGGAUAAGAAGAAGUGCGCAGGAAAGAGGCUGAGUAAGAUGCCGUCUAUGCCGUUGUUGGGGAGACGAGGGGAAGAUUGA